AUGGAAUAUCAAGGUAUUCGAAACUGGGAAGGUUUGCUUGACCCUCUCGAUGAUAAUUUACGCGGAGAAAUACUUCGUUACGGGGACUUUGUCGAUGCUGCUUAUAAAUCCUUCGACUUUAAUCCUUCAUCACCCACAUAUGCAAACUGCCGUUUCCCAAAGCGCACAUUGUUUGAACGUUCCGGUUUACGAGAUACUGGUUACCAGGUAACCAAACAUCUACGUGCAACAUCAGGAAUCCAGCUUCCACGUUGGAUGGAAAAAGCACCCAGUUGGAUGUUUACCCAGUCCAGUUGGAUUGGAUACGCAGCCGUGUCUCAAAAUAAGGCAGAAAUUGCGAGGCUAGGGCGCAGAGACGUGGUGAUUGCUUUUAGAGGGACUGCCACUUGCCUUGAAUGGCUGGAGAAUCUUAGAGCAACCCUGACCCAACUCCCAAAUACAGAAUGUGAUAAAAACGGCUCUGACGAAAGCGGGCCCAUGGUAGAACGUGGGUUCUUGAGCCUUUACACUUCAGGAACUCCAAUUCGCCCUAGCUUACAAGAAAUGGUGCGUGAAGAGACCAAAAGGCUACUCCAAACUUAUGGAGAUGAACCUCUUAGCUUAACCAUUGCAGGCCAUAGUCUCGGGGCUGCUCUUGCUACUCUUGCAGCUUAUGACAUCAAGACUACAUUCAACCGCGUGCCAGUACUUGUGACUGUCAUUUCUUUCGGGGGUCCACGUGUCGGUAACCGGAGUUUCAGACAGCUCCUGGAUAAACAAGGAACGAAAGUCCUACGCAUAGUAAAUUCGGAUGAUGUGAUAACAAAAUUACCUGGAUUUGUUAUCGAUGGAGAUCAGAAUGAUGUGGCAGAUAAAGGAGACCUCAGUAUGGCAAGCUUUCCAAGUUGGAUCCAAAAAAGGAUGGAGAAUACACAGUGGGUCUAUGCAGAAGUUGGGAGGGAGCUAAGACUUAGUAGCAAGGAUUCUCCAUAUCUCAACAGCAUUAACGUAGCGACAUGUCAUGAUUUGAAGACUUACCUGCAUUUGGUGAAUGGAUUCGUAAGCUCUUCUUGUCCUUUCGUAGAAAAAGCAAAUAGGUUUCUUGGUAACCGCCGUAGAUAA